ACCGAGGCCCCACCCCACCCAAACGGACGCAUGCGUAGUGGGGACGCAGGCUGACUUCUGGACGAUGCGAUCACUGUGGCCGACAUUGCUUCUGCCGGCUCUGACCCAUGUUCCGGCGCCGGCCUGUAGUUUGUGCUGCGCCUCCCGGAGGAGGCCUGCACACCUGUGGCGGGGACGAGCCACCAGCUCCAACCUAGGGGACGGCCGGGUGGCUCAACCCAGAGUCCGGGAGCGGCCCCCUUGGCGGGUGCUCUUCUUCGGCACCGACAACUUUGCACAGGAGGCGCUGCGGGCACUGAACGUAGCCAGGGAAAAUAAAGGGGAACAGCUACUGGAAAAUAUAGAGGUGGUCACAGUGCCUUCUUCACCAAAAGGACUACCAGUGAAGAAUUACGCCCUUCAUGCACAGCUUCCAGUACAUGAAUGGCCAGACGUGGGAUCUGGGGAGUUUGAUGUUGGAGUAGUGGCUUCAUUUGGCCGUCUUUUGAGUAAAAAACUCAUUCUUAAAUUUCCAUAUGGCAUAUUGAAUGUCCAUCCCAGUUAUCUCCCAAGAUGGCGAGGUCCUGCCCCUAUAGUCCAUACAGUACUUCAUGGAGACACAGUUACUGGAGUUACAAUUAUGCAAAUCAAACCUAAAAGGUUUGAUGUAGGACCAAUUAUUAAACAAGAAGCAUUUCCUGUACCCCCUCAGUGCACAGCAAAGGAAUUGGAAAUAUUGUUAUCGAGGCUGGGUGCCAACAUGCUUAUUUCAGUCUUGAGAAACUUGCCUGAAAGUUUAAAAAAUGAAAGGCAGCAACCAGCUGAAGGAGUAACAUAUGCCCCCAAGAUAUCUGUUGCUAUGAGUUGUGUAAAAUGGGAGGAACAAACUCCAGAGGAAAUAUUGCGACUUCAGCGUGCCAUUGGCAGCAUGAUUCCACUGCAGACACUCUGGAUGGGUAACACCAUUAAACUUCUAGAUUUGGUGGAAGCUAAUAGUCCAGGACUUGCUGAUCAGAAAUUAACAGGACAGUCUGCUCUUCCAGGAACUAUAAUAUACCACAAACAGUCACAAACACUCUUGGUUUGUUGCAAGGGUGGCUGGAUUGGGGUACGGUCAAUUAUUUUCAAGAAAAAACUUACAGCUACUGAUUUCUACAAUGGUUAUUUGCACCUUUGGUUCCAGCAGAAUUCCCAAGCCCAGCUGGAGGAGUGCAGAUUUCGAACUCUCAACCUUACAGAAAGGGAACAUGAGAAAAAACCUGAAUUGUUGCUAUGCAACAGUGCACUGAGUAUUUAGGGGAAAGAUGGACAAAAACCUAUCUGUAACUUAAGAACUACCAUUUACAAGGAAUUACCACUCAUUUGCUGAAGGCAGCACUGUUCUGAGAAGCGAUGAUUUGCUACUUCAGAUUUUAAAAUGGUCAAUAGCUUCCUCUGUUCAAAAUAACCUUGUCUACUUUAAUGGCUAAGGUAAUUGGCUAAUAAAUGUAUUUUUGUUUUAUUCAGGAGUAAAUAAAACUGAAUACUAUUGCAAAA